AUGUCUUCCAGGUCUGCAGAAGUCACUUUCCCCAAAGAGAUAGAUUCUACGUCUCAUCUGGCACAAGAGGUGAACUCUGCAUUUGAUUUCACGGGGAAGCAACAGAUGAACAAAAACACAUCCAACAAGCCCUGGUCCAGGACCAGCUCCUCAAUCUCUGGAAAGCGAAUAGUGGGCAAGGACGACACCGUUUAUCCCUCGAAAGGCAAGGCCAUCGUCGUCAUUGCAGCUCUGAACCUCUCGGUGCUGCUGUUGGCUCUGGAUCAGACCAUCCUAGCCCCGGCCCUCGGUACCAUCACCAGCGAGUUUGGAACCGUCAAAGAUAUUGGUUGGUAUGGAGCCGCCUAUCUCCUCACCAACUGUGCCCUCACGCUUCUGUAUGGCCGACUGUACACCAUCUUCAACAUCAAAUGGACCUUCUUGUCCAGUAUCUUCAUCUUUGAGCUCGGCUCCAUGAUCUGUGCCAUCGCUCCAACUUCCGAAAUCUUCAUCUUGGGCCGAGCCGUCGCCGGGGCGGGAUGCGGCGGUCUUUUCUCGGGCACAGUGGUCAUCACGGGCUUCACCUUGGCACUGCACCACCGCCCGGUGGCUUUUGGCAUGACGGGCGCCGUCUUUGGUGUCGCGAGCGUUGCUGGGCCUUUGCUUGGUGGCGUGUUUACUGACCACAUAAACUGGCGCUGGUGCUUCUGGAUCAACAUCCCGAUUGGUGCCGUUUCCAUCCUCGUCGUCAUCUUCUUUGUUCACAUAAACCGCGACAACAACCCUCAGCGCAAGAGCCUCAUCAACCGAAUCAGGGACAUUGACCUGUACGGCAUCGCCGUCCUCUUCCCGGCAUUGGUGUGCUUCAUCAUGGCCAUCCAGUGGGGAGGAACCGAGUUUGCCUGGAACAGCCCCCAGAUCAUCGGGCUCUUUGUCGCCACCGCCGUGCUGUGCGCAAUCUUUGUCUGGGUGGAAGUGCGCAUGGGAGACGAUGGGAUGCUGCCGCCGAGGCUUUUCAAGAACCGAGAUACCGUGCUUGCGUUUGCCUUUUCCGUGUCUUUCUCCUCGGCUUUCAUACCUUUGAUUGUUUACAUUGCCAUUUACUUCCAAGCAAUCUUUGGCGACAAGGCCAUUGACGCUGGCUUCAAGCUGCUUCCGCUGCUCAUCUCUUCCGUCAUCUGCAGCAUCGCCUCCGGAGUGGUCACGACCGUGGUUGGGUACUACAACCCCAUCGCCCUGAUCGGCAUGGUCUUGUUUGCCGUCGGCGCGGGCCUCAUCACCACCUGGACCCUGACCACGCCGAUGGCGGCCUGGUUCGGGUUCCAGCUCAUUGCGGGCGUGGGGACUGGCCCGGGGUUCCAGGUCGGCAUCAUCGUCGUCCAGAACGUCCUGCCGCACGACUGGAUCCCCGUCGGCACCUCGGCCGUGCAGUUCUUCCAGAAUAUGGGCGGCGCCGUCUUCAGCGCCAUCGCCCAGAGCGCCUUCCAGAACGGCAUCGUCACCUCGGCCGCCGCCAGCGUGCCGUUCCUCCCCCCGGCGCUGCUGCUCGAGACGGGCGCCUCCAACAUCCGCCAGACCCUGAGUAACCUGACCGCAUCCGCAGACCUGGGGCCUCUGAUCACCGAAGCCGGUGGGUUCGACAAGGUGUAUGAUGACUUGCGUUUUGCUUACUUGGUCGGGUUGAAAAAUACCUUCUAUGUUGCUGUUGUCUGCGCUAUAGUGUCAUUUUUCAUCGCGUGCGGAUUCCGCUGGAUUAAUCUGAAGGACAAGCCAGCAGAUCCUUCCCCCGAGGCCGGCCAAGUUGUGGUGCCGGUUGAAGAGGAGAAAGAAAAACCCGCGACAGAGGCAGCUGAUUCCAAGAGUUGA